AGGGAGCAGGAAUAACAAGCAGUAGCUGUUAUAGAGGCAAGGAUUUGUUUUUAAAAAAAUGUCAUAUUUUCUGUUUUUCCUGUUAUUAUUUCUUUUUCAUCGAAACUCGGCCUUAAAAACCAUCUCUAAUGAAGAGUUCGCGACAUUUGUGCCGCUGCGCCAUGUGGACCCGUUCUCACAGUGCGUGGGCGCAGAGGGAGGUGCCUACUGCCAUACAGACUUCAAGCUGCUGGCCGACGGACCGCACGAGCUUUAUGAUAAGAUGCUGAAUUACUCCUACUCAGCGCUGAGGCAUUUCGACUACACAAAUCCACAAUACGGGUAUUGCAUCACGCGGCGAUGCAAGCAGUUCUACAAGGGGGACUCGGAGUCGGAGCUGCUGGAGGCGAUGGGCUCCUGCCUCAACCACACCUUGGAGCGGGAGUACGGGCUGCGCGCGCGCAUCAAUUUCGGCACUUGCUACCGACAUGGCGAGCGCAAGCACCAGGUUACUUGGGUGGACUGCGCUGCUGCCGCGCUUUUCAUAACGCUAGUCGGGCUCGCAGCAACCGGCACCUAUUACGAUUUAUUCGCCACCAAUAAAGAUACGAAAGGCUAUCUGAUGUGUUUCUCUAUACCGGCCAAUUGGAAAAAAUUAAAGGCACCGUGGCCCCAGGACAAGAUGACGGCACGACUGGCGGUGUUCAAUGGUAUCAGAACAAUAACAGCAAUAAUGGUUGUUAUACUUCACGCACUCAUUCCUGUGAUACCGACAGUUGAAAAUCCGGCACAUUUUGAAGCGGCCAACGAAUCACACUCAUUCCACUUAGUAGGCAACGUGCACAUCGUGAUGCAGACAUUUUUCUUCAUGUCUGGCCUGUUUCUGGUGUACACCGCGCAAAUCACCAAUGAGAAGAACCCGAUCACUUGGCGGUCUCUGCCUAGGGCAAUAUUUCUUAGAUGGCUGAGGUUGUCACCUGUGCACCAUGUGAUGCUACUAUACACUGCCACUUGGUUCAAAUUUGCACCUCAUGGUCCACACUGGGAGGGCAUGGUGGGUGGCGAGGUGGAAGAUUGUCAGCAAACCUGGCCCAUGUUCGUGUUGUACCACAAUAACUACGUCUUCGGACAGCGAUGCAGCAUACACCACUGGUCCACAGCAGCCGAUUUUCAUUUACACAUCGUGGGCCUGAUGAUACUGUCGCUCUCACCGACCGAAAGGAUUCGAGAUGUAAUGAUAUGGCUAUUCACCAUAAUCGGAAUCCUUCUGCCAGCCAUCGAGACGUACAAUAGGGAUCUCCAUGGCACUUUUAUCGCGGGUUUUAAAUAUGUUCAAAACCAAAGGGGUAUAUUUGAAGAUCCAACAUUUAAUUUCUUGUACAAGCGCACGCACACCAAUAUACCCGCGUUCGGGAUAGGCAUGCUGUAUGGACUGUUCCUGUACAAGUGGAUGAAGAAACCUGAAGAUACCAGCAAAUAUAAGAAGUACGUGUAUUGGUUCUGGCUGUUGUUCCCCAUGUUCCUGUCGGUAGUGUACAUGAACGCGGUGCUCAUCCACCGCGAGGGCAGCGCGCCCGCACCGCUUGCGCUUCGGGUGUUCUUCGCUCUGGUACAGAAACCUGCCUGGUCGCUGUUACUGGUUGCCUUAACGUUCGGAGUCAUUUGUCAGAUAGAAAACGUGUACCGGCGCAUACUGGAGUGGCCGGGCUGGGUGCCGCUCAUGAAGCUCACGUACUGCACCUACAACGUCAAUAUCGUCAUAUCUUUAUGGAUGUACGGGUCCACCAGUCAGCUGACGUAUGCUAGUGAUCUAAGCUUGUUGAACGGUGCCGCUGGCCUGGUUGUUAUCACGUUCAUCUUCGCGACAGUGCUGUGGCUGCUGGUAGAGGCACCGUGCAACAACCUCGCACGGAAACUGUUCCCCGACAGGCAGUCCAUACUCAAGGUUGCAGGAACAACGAAAAAGAUGGAUUAGCGAGUUAUAAUUUUAACUAAUAAAUAAAGUAUUUCCUUUUUAAUCAAGUUUUAUUUAAGCCGUAUAUACACAUAUAGCAUUGCAGUGAUUAGUACCAGGAGGGGAGUAGGCAUUAACAGCGUUCCCCUCUGUCACGGUAAUAUUAUCUAUACAGUAUUCUAUCUUCAUACAA